AAAAACAGGACUUGGUCAGGCCAUGGUAAACACAUCCGAAAAGUAGUCAACACUGUCUAUACACCGCAACAUGUCUAGAGAAAUGAAUAAGGAAUGUGAAGGUCGCGAGAAAUUCUAACCUACGUGUGUCAGGUAUUGAGGUGAAGACUGAAGCGAGAAGGAGUGGAGCAGAGUACUUUCAAUCAGCUAAGCAGGUUGAAAACUUACAGAAGGACUACUGAUCUACCAUCACUGUUAACCUGAACAUGUGGACGGCAAAAAAGUUGAGGUUUGCUAGAUUUUUUCCUGGAUACCAUCCAUUCCUCAGUGCGUCAGUGGCGGGAUAUGCUUUCGAAGCACCAGAUGCAAGCGGAUUUCAUCUUGAAUAUCCGAAGACAGACCCCACACGAGAGAAACCUAAAUGGACAUCGUUGAUCAAGGACAUCAGUCUGCUGAUGUCGCCUUCCAUUGCUGCUGAACUUCAAGAAGAAAACAGCUGGAAAAGCAAUCCUUUUGCAAAGUCCUUUGAAGCAGGGUGCUUACUAGAUGCAAGAAGUGUGAAGCUUUGCCUUGGAGUAUUGUUUCUGUGGUUGAUGCCGUUAGCCAACUGUUCAACUCAUGGCAAACAAACGAACUGUGAGCUGCAAAAAGAAGAGUUGGCCCACUGGAAGCUCACAUGUCCCUUCCACGAGGACAUCAAAACAAGCAAAAAGGAUUUUGAAGUGUACCACAUGCGACAACAGGGUCUUCUAGGCCUCGUAGCCGAAGGAAAGUGGUUUGACGACGAACCUUCAGUCUACACCAAACGUGGAUACGAGUUUGUUAGUCUGAUUGGUGACAAGGUUGCUAUCAAGAUCACCCGUGCACAUCAUGGAGAAAUGUUCUUCUGUGGCUUUUCACCUCUGUUACUGAGCAAUGCUGUGACAUGUCAUGUUCCCAAGAGAGAAGAAACAAACUCCACUACUGCAGCCAACAAAGACUUUCAGUCUUUCAAACAAGGACAGAAAGCUGAAAUGAGUCCCACUGCACUCGUUGACACUGACCAGCCUCUUCGUAACAACGGAGGGAACUCUAAAAAUCCACCGGCCUGGAUACUUCUCAUGCUUGCAGCAUUCAUUUUUCAAAGUUCCUUUUUAAAAGCUUAAAAAAAUCCAAUUGGGUCAGUUAAGUGGCAUGUGAAUCAUGUCGGCUUAUAAGAUAAGAUAAGAUAAGAUAAGAUAAGUUAAGAUAAG